AUGGAUGACAGUUCACCGGAUUUGUCGCUGAAAUUGCGACGGGGGUCCAGCGACUCUCGCGAGUCGUUUUACAUGGACUUCGCGCAAGGUAUCGACUCGGACAUCGAAGAGGUGACGACGAUUGAACGCGUGAUUCCUGAGCAUCCGGGAGGGAGGACGGAGGGCGAUGCCGACACUCUGGCGACGCCGUCUGGUCUAGAGGAGAAUAAGGAGCUGGGACCAUGGUACCUACGUGUGUAG